AAUAAUCCAUUGAAGAACUAAAGAUGAUAAUGUUUGAAUAGAACUAAAAGAAAAGCACUAAGUCAUGGCCCCCAGAAAAUGCUGUAUUCGAAUAUACCACAAGAAAAUUCUGAUGUAGGUGCCUGUCACACCAUCACUGCUGUCAAAACUUGGGCCAGGAACUGUCCACCAAACACUGAAUAUUGGCAUGAGCUGGGCCUAUGAACUGCACUUCAUCAGCCUUGUUGGUAGUAGGUACAGAAACUCAUGGACUCAAUAUAGAUUAGACAGUGGAAUUCUGACACACUGCAACCACCAAAUGUCUGACUCCCCAGGCACCUCUGCACUUUUACCUGCACUGCUACAUCCCCCUUUCCCCGCCAUCCCUCCACCCAGCCUGUCCCUCACCUCAUGAUGCCUCCAUUUUCAUUUUCACUGCCUGACUUUCUUGCCUGCAUUGUGGCACACUACCAUGUUAUGUAGAGGCCCCAGUGCCAGUGAGGGCACCGCACCACCAGCAGUCCCACCAGGCCUCAUUAUGCUGGCAGGGUGCAGCUUUAGUGGUCAUGCCCAGGACUUGAGUCCUCCUCCUUCCCCAUAGCCCCAAUCCCAUACCUCCAAGUUUGUCCUUGCAGAGGAAUGAGCUCAACAGGGACAUGUUCUUCCCCUGCUGGCUGGUGAUGCAGUUAGUGCUCCCUCCAGCUGAGAGUAGGGCAAUACCUGUCUUUUAAAAAACACAAAAAAGGAAAUUGGUGCCGACAGAGUGAAGAGGGUGGCACUCAGUCCGUCUGCAGGUGGAGCUUGGAGAAUUCAGCAGGAGGUUCACUUUUAGGAACACCAGCUGCUCCACCAACAUAGGAUCCAAGCAGGUGCAGUGGGAUGUCACAACAUCCCCAGCAAUGCUGAACACCCUCUUGAUCAGCACACUGGUUGGUGGAGAGGACAGGUGUUGCCAGGCAACAAUGGCCAGAUUCUGCCACAUUUGGCUGUGGCUUUAUGAGUAGGCCAAGGGGUCACAGUCCAGUGGCUGCACAUCCUCAGCAAGAUAGGUAGCCACCGAAGCUAAGGCACUACCUGCCUGAGGCUGGGGUCUGGUGCAUUUUGACCUCAGCAUUGAAGCCAUGACCAUGGCCCACAUUGACAGUGGCUGGCAUGGAGGAGACUGGCUGGUGCUGGUGCUGGGAGUGCUGUCACAGGAAGGUGGAUCCCUGUCUUCCACAUCCACUCAUCUUUGCACUUUGGCUUCCCUGACUCUGUUGACCAACACCUGUGUCCAGUGAUCAAGGGUUUGGUGCUGCCAAUGCACAUGCUCGCCUUCACCCUUGGGUUGCACAUGCCCACCAUCAUGUGGACUGUACUGGACCACAAGGGAUCCAGCCAUCUCCUGAUGCUCUUCUUCAGCUGUCUCACCAGUGCCUGUAGAUUUGGUGACAGCAGCUUGCCCCAGUCAGGAACAUGAUCCCCUGGAACUUCUCCAUUUGGUUCUCAAGUUCCCUCACUAUGUGAGUAGUAUAUGGCUCUCUGCCCUUCAAUGCAAAUGUGACAGGUGGGCAGGAUCGGAAGUCCCGCCCCCUUCGCUCUGCCCCCUUUCCCCCUGUAUGGUGUGUGAUGUCACCAGCCACACCCCCUGACCCUGGUCACGUGGUGCAUGACAUCAGCAACUCCAUCCCUAACCCCGGUCACGUGGUGCAUGACAUUAGCAACUCCGCCCCUGACCCCAAUCACGUGGUGUGUGACACCAACACCACAUGGUUCAUGACAUCAGAAGGACAACCCAGGCAGACCCUCAAAGCCCAACCCCUCAUGCUCCAAGAUCCGCCCUAGAUCACAUGGUGCUGUUAUGGCCUAUCAGGUCCCUGACCACUCUAACCCCCCCUACUCUGGAGCACAGGUGUAACCUAUGGGGUGGUAGGGUGGUGAUGUGACCCCUCUAACAACCUGCCCCAACACCCCCAACCAAUUGGCAGUGGUUUCAGAGGCCUCAGACCUCCCAAGAACAAUCCUGAACCAAUUGGAAUGAGUACAGUGGGGGUGGGGUUUAGGCAGCAAACCCACUAGGUCUAUCUGCUUUCCCAAAUGACCCUUCUGUUUAUCUGAGACCGUGCUAAGGCAAGCAAGGGCAGAUAUGGAUUCUUUCACAAUGCCUGUAGGCCCACUCACUACACCACCAAGACGGCCUUAUAGAAAGCGUUACCGUAGAAAUAGUUUUGAGGAGGAGACCCGGCUCCUUGCCCAAAGACUCUUUGAGAAGCCUGACCCUGUCGGGGAAGAGCCUGUGAACAGGCAAUUGGAGGAGACCCAGGACCUCGAAGCAGACGUUGAGACUUUGGAAGAUGGUACCUUUGUACCUGAUCCUGCGUGUGAAGUACAGGUCACUGCAGAGGAGAGACUGCUAGAUGAAGCCUUUUUAAUGACACCAGAAAACCUCCUCACCAGUACACCAGAAGGAAGUGUAUGCUUCUGCAGAGAACAAAGACCUGAUGAGGCUGAAGAGUUAAGAAGUCAUCUCAGCAUCGAAGCUACACAAGCUCUUACAUCACGUGAACGUAAAGUUUUCAUGAAGUCUCUUGUUCGCAUUUCCUUUUAUGGCAUAAUGAAAUGCUGCUUGAGGCAGAGACUUUUUGACUUAUGCCGGGGGUGCACAUUUGACUUAGGGGGUCAAGAACCCCACGAAUGUAUUGCUUGGUUAGAUGAAGACAUAAAUAAAAUAAUUCAGGAUCAUUGCCAGGAAAUAUGUCUUGAUAGCAUUUUCAAUGCUGUUAUAAUCAUAGGGUUUGCCAGGAACAGUCUCAGAAUUACUGAGAAACACUUAAUUCAGGUUAGACAGCUUCUAAACACGGUGUAUUCUGCAGAAGAUCCUAAGGCUGCCCUUCAUGAUUUGAUCACUGAGGAAGAUGAAACAUUCAUACCCCAUAUUGAACACUUAAUUGGUGCUAGAGAUUAUAAAACCCUGCUUAAGAGAAGGGAUUAGCAAAACGAGUUUGGGGCGUACCUCUGUUGCUGUUCUGGGUGGGAGACUGGGGAAUGUGAGGCUGUAAAACACAACAACAGUUUUCUACAUCUAAUGUAUUUUAGCAUUUGCUUUAGUGUCUUGGAUAUCUUAUCACAUACAUAUAGGGUUUUUUUGUAAAGAUAAAACAAUGAGACUUAAUGGUCAUUAGAAAUGAUAAAAAUCCUUCUUAGGAGAAGGGGUAACAAAAUAAACUAGUAAAAUAUUGUAAAAGUUUUAAUGGAAAUAAAGACUGAAUUUAAAAACA